CGGAAAGGCAGGGUUGCCUCCUGUUCACGAGGACCAGCCCCUCUGCACCCCUUGUGGCAGCCUCCGUGAAAAUGGGGGCCUCAGGCUUUCUCUCGUCUGCUGUUUGGAUGCCUUCAAGAGAGGCCAGUUAAAGGAUGCUGGCUGUGGCAAUUCCUCAGAGCCCUCGCCAAAUGGCGUCAGCCCAUCAGGGGCCGCAGCAGCCCCAGAUCUGGAGGAAGUUCACGGUCAGAAGAGUGUGACAGUGCUCCUGCGGGAAGAAGUGUCCCGGCUCCAGGAGGAAGUUCACCUUCUCCGACAGAUGAAGGAGAUGUUGGCGAAGGACCUGGAGGAGUCACAGGGUGGCAAGUCCUCUGAGGUCCUCUCGGCCACCGAGCUCCGGGUCCAGCUGGCCCAGAAGGAGCAGGAACUAGCCAGAGCCAAAGAAGCCUUGCAGGCCAUGAAAGCCGACCGGAAGCGCUUAAAGGGCGAGAAGACAGACCUGGUGAGCCAGAUGCAGCAGCUGUACGCCACGCUGGAGAGCCGCGAGGAGCAGCUCCGCGACUUCAUCCGCAACUACGAGCAGCACCGCAAGGAGAGUGAGGACGCGGUCAAGGCCCUGGCCAAGGAGAAGGACCUGCUGGAGCGCGAGAAGUGGGAGCUGCGACGCCAAGCCAAGGAGGCCACGGACCACGCCACGGCGCUGCGCUCCCAGCUGGACCUCAAGGACAACCGGAUGAAGGAGCUGGAGGCCGAGCUGGCCAUGGCCAAGCAAUCCUUAGCUACACUGACCAAGGACGUCCCCAAGCGGCAUUCCCUUGCCAUGCCGGGCGAGACGGUGCUCAACGGCAACCAGGAGUGGGUGGUGCAGGCGGACCUCCCGCUGACCGCAGCCAUCCGGCAGAGCCAGCAGACUCUCUACCACUCACACCCCCCACACCCUGCAGACCGGCAAGCGGUCAGGGUGAGCCCCUGCCACUCCCGGCAGCCCUCUGUCAUCUCCGACGCUUCUGCUGCUGAAGGCGACCGGUCGUCCACACCGAGCGACAUCAACUCCCCUCGACACCGGACGCACUCCCUCUGCAACGGCGACAGUCCCGGCCCAGUUCAGAAGAACCUGCACAACCCUAUUGUACAGUCACUAGAGGAUCUUGAAGACCAAAAACGGAAAAAGAAGAAAGAGAAGAUGGGAUUCGGCUCCAUCUCCCGCGUCUUCGCCAGAGGGAAGCAGCGGAAGUCCCUCGACCCAGGCCUCUUUGAUGGUACCGCCCCCGAUUAUUACAUAGAGGAGGACGCGGACUGGUGAUACGCGCCUCCCGGCCCGUGCCCGGCGCGUGUGCGUGGAGCGUGCGUGGGGUGCGAGUGUGGCCAUGCGUGGGUGCGUGUGCACGUGUGUUCGCGCACGCGUGGGUGCUGGGGGUGGCCGAGCGCCCCAGACAAGCGAAACCACGAGUGUGAACCCCUCCCUCUGCGUCGCCACCUCUGUAAUUGAUGUACAUACUACGAACCGUGUGUGAACAUGUCAACUCUCUGUCGUCUUCGGAGCGAUACCGUUGUGUUGUUGAUCUGGUUUAUUAUUUUUCUUCAAUGUUGGGUUUUAUUUUAAUUUCUUUUUGUUUUGUUCAUUGGUUUGUUUUGUUUUGUUUUUUCCCUUUCUCCUUCCCUCCUCCUUUUUAUGAAACUUGAAAACUUGAAGGACUGCUGUGUAUUUGUAAAUAACAAACUCUUGUGCACUCCGUGCUUGUAAAUGUCCCUCGUCCAAACCGCUACUCCCGGAGCCCGUCUCGCCGAGGAUGUGGUCUGUUUCCGAUGUCCCCCUCUCACCCCUCAGUGUGAACGUGUGGGACCAGACCCUGCUCUCGGGGUGCGCCCAAGUCACUUUAACCACACAAUGCCAUCGUCAUCAGGGUAAGGUCUGCUCUCCGCAAAGGCUCGCCAGCCCGGCCAGGGCUCGUCUUGGCUGGGUUUGGCAGAGGUCAAACGGGCUCUUUUUAAACGGCCUGCCAGUUUUUAAAUUGCGUUGCCGUUUCUUUCUUUAUGGAAAAAAAAAGAAAAAGAAAAUUGUUGCGUUUAAUUUAUUUGCACAAAUGCAGAAAACUUAUUCUAUCUAAAUUAUUACAUAAAUAUCGGAAUGUCUAUUUUUCCACGGGGUGGGCGGGAGGCGGGUGUUUCUGUUGACUUGUCUGUUCUAGUACCAUGCUGCUGCCAAACUGUGCAAAUAGAGUUUAGGGUGGCCGGGACCCAGGGACCGCUGGAUUUCAAAGCUUGCUUUUUCUGUCCUCUCUCUCUCUACCCCCCUCUUCUCUCCCUCUUUCGUUCUCUCUCCCCCAUUUUCCUUUGCCUGCAUGAAAAUGCGCCCCACCUUCUUCCCACCCAGAGCUGUCUCCAGGCCUUUCCGUGUGUAUUUAUUUAUCUGACGCACAGGACACGACCUCAGUGAGCAGAGUGCUGGCUGUCACGAUCCCCGCUUUGGGUCUGUCUUUUGAGGGAGGCUGAGUCCAGGGGAGACAGCCCACGCCGCACACCCACAGGGUACGACCCAGGGGACCCUGGGCCCGAGUCAGUUCCUCAGGGCCUCCAGCAGCGUAGGUUCUCCCCGCAGCUGGGUCUCCCCGUCCUGGGCUUAUUGUGCACGGGAGCCAGGCAGGUGUCGCUGGGGAAGGCGCCUGCCUCAAGCAGGGAGCUGUUGAGGACACGGCGUCUGGCACCUGAGCCCUCUGUCCUCCCCGUUCUGGUUGGUUCCCUUGACUUAGACUCUCUCGGGGUCCCUCAGGCUCUGUCCCCGAGCUUGUCACAGCAGCCUGCGCCCACCCACCCCAGGCGAGGAGGGCUGGCGGGAACAGCUGCCUGUUCGGGGAGCGGAUUGGCCCCGAGGAGGCUCCACUAGCAGAGGGACUGCGUGCAUUUUAGCACUGGGGUGGGGAGGAGACUGAGCUGCUCCGCCAGGUCCACUCAAGGCCUAGAACUCCAUUUCCCUGUCCUGCCGCCCCGUGAACCCCCUUCUGCACAUCCCUAACCGCUAACAGCCAGUCCACACCUCUAGACAGCAGUAGUCGCGCUUUCUGCUAACAGUAACAUUUUCAGCUCUUAAAAAAGAAGCAAGGAGAAUUUCAAAUGUUGGACCAUCUGCAUCAGAACGGAUAGGUUAUUUUCCCCCCAAAAUCUCUAAAACAAACAGAAAAGCCCCAGUCGGCUGCUCCCUUUCCUCCUGACCUGGUCCCGGGGACAGGAAGGAGCAAGCAGGGUACUUCAUGAGGACCUUUCUGUCCUCCCUUGGCCAAGCUGUGUCACCGAGCCCAGGGUCGAUGGAGAGCAGCCGGGGCUGGGAUCUUUCUCUACGGAGAGAGAUUUCAGAAAAUUACUUUUCUCCCCCAUGAAUUUCUUUUUCGGUUGAUUUUUAUUGUUUUUUUCCCUUUACUUACAAGAAAAUAAGAUUGCAGCCACUCCUGGUAAUGAUUUAGUAGUUCCUUUUCAUUUCAGUUUUUGUAAAUUAGGAGAUAAUUCUAAGAGUUACUGAGGAUGAUUUAUUUAAGAGAACUACGUCAAAUAGCGAAUGAGUUAUGGGUAACAUUAGAUGAAAAUAACCUUUCCCGUGGGAAAGGUUUCUUGAAGGCAUGGAUGCAAAUAUAAAAUAUUAAAAAAAAAUCUAAAUAAAGCUUAUUUUAAAAUAUUAUCG